AUGGCCCUUCCAAAAACCUACCGACGCGCAACCUUCAAAGAGGCUGGAAAACCGCUAGUCAUCGAAGAGAAAGAAUUGACGCUUCCCCCCAAAGGAGAAAUCCUGGUAAAGGUAGAGGCGUGCGGAGUGUGCCACUCGGAUGUAUUCCUCCAAGAUGGCGGGUUGUUAGGACGGGGGUUUCCCAAUACCCCAGGCCACGAAUUCAUCGGCCGAGUCGUCGCCUUCGGCGAAGGCGUCACAGAGUGGAAAAUAGGUGAUAGAGCCGGUGGGGCAUGGCAUGCUGGGCAUGAUGGAACAUGUAGCACCUGUCGGAGAGGCAACUUCCAAAUGUGCGAUGCACGUGAAAUCAACGGUGAAAGCCGAGAAGGAGGAUACGCAGAAUACGCCACCCUCCGCACCGAAGCUGCAGUCCGCGUCCCAGAAAAUGUCGACGCAGCAAAUUACGCACCUAUCCUCUGCGCCGGAGUAACAGUCUACAACGGGAUGAAGCAGAUGAAGAUCCCGCCUGGUUCGACCGUCGCGGUGCAGGGACUUGGUGGACUAGGCCAUCUAGCAAUACAAUAUGCGAAUCGGUUUGGGUGGAGGGUUAUUGCUAUUUCGAGGAACCGGGACAAGGAAGCUUUUGCGAGGAAGCUAGGGGCGCAUGAGUUUGUUGCCGCUUCUGAGGGGGAUGUUGGGGAACAGUUACAGGGACUGGGAGGGGUAGAGCUGGUUGUUGCGACUGCACCAGAUGCGAAGAGCAUGAUGUCCUUGAUGAUGGGAUUGAAGGCUUUGGGGAAGUUGUUGGUUCUUUCGGUUGCUGGGGAUGUUCCACUAUCGUCAGGGAGGAUGAUUACCCAUGGUCUUUCCGUUCAUGGAUGGCCGGCUGGUCAUGCUCUGGACACAGAAGAGGCGAUUGUAUUCACGGAACAGCAGGAUGUGAGCUGCUGGAUUGAGAAGUUCCCUCUGGAACAGGCAAAUGAGGCAUAUGAGGCAAUGAAGAAAGGAACAGUGAGAUUCCGGGCUGUAAUCACCAUGGAGUAG